AUAAUAUGUGUUGGUUAUCAAUAUCACAUGGUGCCCACUAGUGACUGUCGACUAGCAGAGGAAAACAGAUAUACGUCCAUUCGGCGGCGCUGUGCGCCAACUCCUUAAAUCAGUGGCACAUCAUGUGCCAAGAUGUCCCACACGAAUCACCAAUUUUGUUUUUGCAAUUUUAACAGCGCGUCCUCCCGUAUCACUGCGCACACACGGAGCUGCUCCUCCACGGUCCAGUCCACCUCGUACUGAGUCCGCAUCAUCCGUGAUGAGAGAUGCGGAGGAAUGAGGCUGGCACGGCGCCCACUGCGGUCCGCACACGCACGCCCCCCUCGAAUCACGCCUCUCUAAUUGGUGCUGUUUAAUUGGACUGCAAGUCGUCCGCGUGACGUCGACGCGACUGGUCGACUCUACUUUUGCAAUUGUCUCGGGGAUCGCAGAGGAUUGACCUCGCUGACCAGCAGCGACACGGGACGUGCCGCAGUCGCUCGACCGUCGCAGGAGGACGCGCUGCGCACAAGGGGCCGAGAGGACGAGUCUGCGGAUGGAGAGGAGCUGCGUCGGAGCGCAUCGACAUGGACCAGCAGUAACGAGCCCGAGACUGUGUUGUGUAAAGACAACACACGAUUUGGAUGCAUCAUCAUCUGUGCGUGCGUGUGCGUGCAUGUGUGUGUGUGUGUGUGUGUGAGCCAUCUGCUUGAACUCUGCAGGAACAAUUGACUUUUUACGCGCGGGGCAACAACUCUUGGAAUCGGCCUUUUUUUUUCCUGCUGGAAGCAACAGCUCCGCCGUUUAUAUUUUUGGCAUCGACCGGAACCAUUCAUUCACAUUGAAGCCUGUAUACAUAUUUUUUUUUUUUUUUGCACAAGUGUUUGGUGCACCUGCGUUUUGGAGCCAUGGGUUGUACGGUGAGCGCCGAGGACAAGGCUGCCGCGGAGAGGUCGAAGAUGAUCGACAAAAACCUCCGGGAAGACGGAGAGAAGGCAGCCAGAGAAGUGAAAUUGCUCUUAUUGGGUGCAGGGGAGUCUGGGAAGAGCACCAUUGUAAAGCAGAUGAAGAUCAUCCACGAAGACGGCUACUCAGAAGACGAGUGUAAGCAGUACCGGGCGGUGGUUUACAGUAAUACCAUCCAGUCUAUUAUGGCCAUUGUUAAAGCCAUGGCCAGUCUCAAGAUAGACUACAGCAACCCAGCCAGAGUGGACGAUGCCCAGCAGCUCUUUGCUCUGUCGGCGGCCGCUGAAGAGCAGGGCGUCCUUCCCGAUGACAUGGCCAAUGUGAUGAAGCGAUUGUGGGGUGACAGCGGUAUACAGAGCUGCUUCGCAAGGUCGCGAGAAUACCAACUCAACGACUCUGCAGCAUAUUACCUGAAUGACCUGGAGAGGAUAGCUAAAUUAGACUAUAUCCCCACGCAGCAGGAUGUGCUGCGAACUCGGGUCAAGACCACUGGCAUUGUGGAGACUCACUUCACUUUCAAGGAACUGCACUUCAAAAUGUUCGAUGUGGGCGGCCAACGCUCAGAGAGAAAGAAGUGGAUCCACUGUUUUGAAGGAGUCACAGCCAUCAUCUUUUGCGUUGCACUUAGUGCUUACGACCUGGUGCUGGCCGAGGAUGAGGAGAUGAAUCGAAUGCAUGAGAGCAUGAAGCUGUUUGACUCGAUCUGCAACAACAAGUGGUUCACCGAGACCUCCAUCAUCCUCUUCCUCAACAAGAAGGAUCUCUUCGAGGAGAAGAUCCCUCGCAGCCCCCUUGCCAUCUGCUUCCCAGAGUACUCAGGAGCCAACAAGUUCGACGAGGCGGCCAGCUACAUUCAGACCAGGUUCGAGGACCUGAACAAGAAAAAGGACACCAAGGAGAUCUACACCCACUUCACCUGUGCCACGGACACCAAGAACGUGCAGUUUGUCUUUGACGCCGUCACUGACGUCAUUAUUAAGAACAACCUGAAAGACUGUGGUCUUUUCUAAAGGAUGAUGCCCGACGCAUACAGACUUGCAUGAGACUGCAACAGCCGUGUGAUGAUUACUGCUUUUCAUACUGAAAACCCUAACAGACUUGAUUCCUAGAGGGGACACCUGAAAGAACUUCAACAAUCACUAAUUUGCAACCAUCACAUUGUGUAUGGUGUCAUUAUUAUUUAUGGGAUAUACAGAUAUACACCGAUCAGCCACAACAUUAAAACCACUGACAGGUGAAGUGGAUAUCAGCAGCUAUCUCGUUUUAAUCCAAUGUUCUGCGGGGAAACCUUGGGUCCUAGCAUUCAUCCUUGUGUAACUCUGACACAAAACAAUCACGUAAUUAUUGUUGCAGACCAGACGCCAGGCAGACCCCCCCCCCCCCCCCCCCAUGGCACUCUCCGUCGGCAGCAGCCUCACCCACCAGUUUUGACUCGGCCUCCAACCUCCCCAGAUCCCAAUUCGAUCAAGCACGUAGGACACGAGAAGAAGCCCAGAACCCAACCCAACCUCACAAAACCCACAGGACCCAAAUGAUGCGCUGCCAAUGUCCCCACACCACAGAACACCCCCAAAGGUCCUGUUUCCAUUCCCAGGCGGGUCAGAGCUGUCUUGGCGGCACAAGGGCAACCUACACAAUUUUAAGAGGUGGUUUUAAUGUUGUGGCUGAUUUGUGUGUGUGUGUAUAUAUAGCAGUAAUGUCACUAACAUUAUAUAUGCUGGACACCAAGUACAUACUGAGUACAUUUGACCAAGUAUCCCCUAAAUGGAGUAGAACCAAUAACAAUCAAGGCACUCAGCUAAGAAUUGCUGUUUUUUUUAAAUUAGAUUAUGACAUUAAUUAUUUGAGCCGACUGGCUCUCAUCAUAGCAUAUGAAAAUACAGUCAAGUUAAAUUAUUUCCAUCCUCAAUAAGCCUUCGAGGACCAGUUUGAGUUUCAGAUUUGUAUUUGAGUUGAGUUUUUUUUUUAAAUUUUUGUUUCAUUUCCCCUUUUGCUUUUGAAGUUCAGUAAGAGGAUAGAGUACAAAAAACACUUUUUAUAAAAAUCACAUUAACUUAUGAUAACUAACGUUGGCAUUUUGUGAACCUUUUGACUGCACAGAGCUUAUUUUUAGAAGAAAAAAAACUAACAAGCAUGAGGAAUGAAAACAGGCAAAGGGAAAAUGUUUUUUGUACAAUGUUUACACAGAAUCAAUGUUCACAAUUGUACUAUAGUGCAUUAUUCUGCAUGACUGUCCCUAGUUUAGCCUGUUCCCCCCACAAACUGAAUAACAUUCCUAAGUAACUUCUUUAAAGAAACAAAACAGAAAUGGUAAUGUGGCACUCCUAAAAGACCUGCAAGAUUUUCAAGUGGUUUAAGUCUAACAUGGAUUGUUCUGUACUAUUUGUUUCAUUCCGAGUCUUUUUUCCAUGUGUUCGUGCCUUGAUAUCUGUUUACACUCGUUCUUUAGAGACAUUCUAUCUUCAUAGUGAGAAUUAGGGCUAUUUUUACUCCACUUCAAUUCACAUAAUCCAUUGAUUAAGAAGCACCAGAACACUGAGGCAAGUUGAUGAUAGCCGUUGAUUAAUAUUGUUAAAUGUAAAUAAAGUUUGGUGACAUGA